CUACUAGGGCCUGUUAAUGCCCACGUUUGGAUCUUCAAAUUUUCCACUGUGUACUUUUUGUCUGGAGAAAACCUUGGACUAGAGAUAAGGCCAUAUCCAAAAAUGUAUUUCUAGCAGCUCCUGCUUCCAGUCAGCCUGUCUGGGCUUGAGGCUGAAUCAAGACCAUGAAGUGCCUGCUGUUUCUCGCCUUUGUUGGGGCGGCUGUUGCCUUCCCCACCAUCGCUGAGGAUGAUGACGACAAGAUCGUGGGAGGCUACACCUGUGCAGAGAACUCUGUUCCCUAUCAGGUGUCCCUGAAUUCCGGAUAUCACUUCUGUGGAGGUUCCCUCAUCAGCAGCCAGUGGGUCCUGUCAGCUGCUCACUGCUACAAAUAUCGCAUCCAAGUGCAGCUUGGGAAAACUAACCUGGCCCUGACAGAAUCAACACAGCAGUUUGUUAACUCGGCUAAAGUCAUCCGCCACUCUGGCUACAGUGCCUAUACCCUGAACAAUGACAUCAUGCUCAUCAAGCUUGCCACCCCAGCCCAGCUCAGCAAGGCUAUCCAAACGGUUCCUCUGCCCACCAGCUGUGUGGCCGCCGGCACCACUUGCCUGAUCUCCGGCUGGGGCAACACACUCAGCAGUGGCAGUAACUAUCCAGAUGAGCUGCAGUGCCUGCAGGCUCCGGUGCUGUCUGCCACUGACUGCCAGAACGCCUACCCUGGUCAGAUUACAAGCAACAUGAUGUGUGUAGGAUUCCUGGAGGGAGGAAAAGAUUCCUGCCAGGGAGAUUCCGGCGGUCCCGUGGUCUGCAAUGGAGAGCUCCAGGGCAUUGUUUCCUGGGGCAUUGGAUGUGCCCAGAAAGGCUACCCUGGAGUUUACACCAAGGUUUGCAAUUACGUCUCCUGGAUCCAAUCCACUAUAGCCGCCAACUGAGACCCUCUCACUCAAUGUGACCUGAUUUUUCUCAUCAUCCUUUCCUCUCUUUUGGGUCUGGACAAACAAACACCAUGAAAAAUUAAUAAAGACUUUCAGGCACCCCUA